AGGUAGUUAGCUUUUAUUGUAUUAUCAUUAAUAUCCUAUCUUAGUCACUUCCUCUCAGAUAUCUUCCAGUUUUUGGCCCUAUACUUCUUUAUAUCUCUUUGGGUGCAAAACGAAUUCCAGGAAGAAAACAAAAUGACUUCGUCUACGCUUGGCCCUUUGAGUCUGAUCCCGACUCCCAGUAAGGGCGCUGAUAUAAAUGACCCAUUCGUCGAGUUCGCGUCUCAUAUGGCGCUUGUUCACAACAUUAUUCUCCGCGGCUACAAUAGCAUAUACCUCCAAGCUCUCCACGUGAAACCCGCCGAUGUACAUGAUUUCCUGCGUUACUCUCACGCAUGGUAUGAGUUCGUGAUAGGCCAUCAUGAUAGCGACGAGCGCGUCUUAUUCCCUGGAAUUGAAGAAGCUACUGGCGCCAAGGGGAUUAUGGAUACGGAUAUCCAAGAGCAUGCUGCUUUUCACGACGGGUUGGAAAAUCUCAAAACAUACAUCGAUACCUGUCUGGCUACACCAUCCAAAUACAGCGGCGUUGAACUUAUCAAAGUUCUGGGUUCUUUUGGUGCAGCGUUGCAUAGCCAUUUGCUCCACAAACCAGCGAACCUUCUUGCACUUUCCAAAUUCAGCUUUGACAUGAAGGCUCUUGGCGACCAUACGACGCAGUAUGGUUUGCAGAGAUAUUCAACAACAGAUGUCUUGCCCGUUUUAUGGUACAACCUCGACACGAAGUUCGAGGAUGGGAAAUGGGACAGUUUCCCACCGCUGCCUGCUCCGGUGAAAUGGUAUAUGGUCAAUGUACUGGGGUGGUGGAGGGGUAAUUGGUGGCGAUUUGCUAGCUGUAGUGCUGGCUUGGUAGAGAAGGAAUUGCUGUGCUUGAGACAGGAUUAUUGACGUGUAAUAAAUGCAGUUGUGGGUUUAUGGACGUGUAAGCGGGGGAACAACGAUAUUGUUUGCUAGAUAUUUUAUGAUUAGACCGAAUAAUGCAAUAUUAAUCUACCUGAAG